AGUAUAGCAGUCAGCAACAUGUAGCCUCGCUGAGUGGAGGAUAGGUCGAAACUGUGUGCGCGCGUGAUUUUCUGCUUUUUGCGGGGGGUGACAUGUUUUCGUUUCAUCCCGAGGACAUUAUCCCGCAACAUUAGAAUCGAUCAGGCUCUAUGCCGCAGGAAAUGUCCAGCGGAGGGAUGGACGGAUGGAUUGUGGUGCACGGAGAGAAGACGAGGAGAGCAAAAAGAGAAGAAGAAGAGUGUUGGGCUCUUGAAAACAGGUCUCCUCUCCUCAUCAGGUGAAGCACUGUGAGCACCUCUCCUCUCUCCCUCCUUCCCCACAGACGUCACCCACUACCCAAAAAUCCCUAAAUCCCACCUGGCCUCACCUGCCAAACCCCAUCUGACAACUGCCACUGGCCCUCCCUUUACCCCAUGGUGGUCCCAAGGCCCGCCCUCUCACUGCUAUUGGCUGUCCUGGCCUGCACGGGGCCUGCACGCCCCUCGCCCCCCCUGCUGCUCCGGCCCCGGGAGAGAGAGAGGGACUCGGGUGGCGUCAACAUCGCCGUAGUCCACUCGGGCUCCUCCCUGCUCCCGGAGACGGCGGUGGUGGGAGGUGCGGGAGUCGGCGAGCCGGGGCCGGGGCUUGGAAACGGUCCGGGCGGUGGUGGAGGAGGUGGAGGAGGAGGAGGAGGAAAGGGAGUAACGGAUACAGCUUUGUUGGAAGGAGAGGAUGCCAUGGCCUCGUUUUCCUCCUCCUCCUUGUCAGCCCUUUCGCUGGCAGCGCUCGUGGGGGAGACGGUGAUGACGCCGUCGGGUCAGGCUAACGUCAUCUACCUGGCUGUGAAUGAGAGCAGCCCAGGCAGCCUGCUGCUGCAGCUGUGUGAGCUGCUCGCCACCACACCACUACAGGGUUUGGUGUUUGAGGAGGAGAGACCGCCACCGCCGAACCGCGCUCCUCUGGCCCCCAUGCUGGAGUUUGUCUCCGCCCAGACGGGGGUUCCCGUGGUUGCUGUAGGGGGAGGUGCCAGCCUUGGACGAGAGCCACAGGAAAGCGGCUCCAUCUACCUCCAAUUUACCUGCGCCACCUCACUCCAGCUCGAGGUAAUCUUCGAGGUGCUUGAAGAGUACGACUGGACCGCCUUCUCUGUGGUGACCACCCGUCACCAUGGCUAUGAGGACUUCCUGGCCAUGGUGGAGGGUAUGACGGAUGGUUCAUUCAUUGGCUGGGAAAAGAAGAGUGUGGUGAUUCUUAAUGUGACAGAUGACCCUGGCGGGGCCCGAACCAAACGGCUGCUCAAGGACAAUGAAGCCCAGGUCCGUCUGCUGUACUGCUCCCUGGAGGAGGCUGAGCUGGUUUUCCGGGCAGCCUGGGCGGCGGGUCAGGCCGGGCCCAGUCACAUGUGGUUUGCCGUGGGACCUGCCCUGUCCGGUUUGGGCCUGGAGGGGUUGCCCAAGGCCUUGUUCGCCAUCCGGCCACAGGGGUGGAGGGAUGAGCCACGCAGGCGCAUUGCCAAAGGUGUCUCAGUGCUCACCCACGGGGCGAUGGCUCUGCGGAGGGACCAGGGGGCCUCCAGUCGGUCGCAGUACGCUGGCAACUGCCAGAGCGACGGCAACCAGACCCACCGAGUGCCAGACAGAAUCAGGUACUUCACCAACAUAUCCAUUGGUGGACGGGACUAUUCCUUCAACAGUGAUGGCUACCUGUCCAAGCCGCUGCUUGAUGUCAUCUCCUACACAAAUGGGAGAGGCUGGGAGGAGGUUGGCUGGUGGGAGAACGGCCACUUGCGUCUGCGUUACCAUCCCUGGUCUCGUUAUGGCUCCUUCCUGAAACCUCUGGAUGACUCCCAACACCUCCGGGUGGUAACUUUGGAGGAGAGGCCCUUUGUCAUCGUGGAACCGGCUGACCCGGGCACUAGCUCCUGCAUCCGAGACUCUGUACCCUGUCGAAUGCCUGUCAACACCAGUUUGGUGGUGGAUGGCACCGGGCCCAUGAAGCACUGCUGCAAAGGUUUCUGCAUCGAUGUCCUCAAGAGACUGGCAAAGAUUGUGGGUUUCACCUAUGACCUUUAUCUGGUGACCAAUGGGAGGCAUGGGAAGAACAUUGAUGGGGAGUGGAACGGCAUGGUUGGAGAGGUGGUGUCCAACAGGGCUGACAUGGCCAUCGGUUCUCUCACCAUUAACGAAGAGAGGUCAGAGGUCGUAGAGUUCUCCGUUCCUUUCGUGGAGACUGGCAUCAGUGUCAUGGUUUCUCGCAGCAAUGGCACCGUAUCGCCUUCUGCUUUCCUUGAGCCCUACAGCCCGGCAGUGUGGGUGAUGAUGUUUGUGAUGUGCCUGUCGGUGGUGGCUGUCACCGUCUUCAUCUUUGAGUUCUUCAGCCCCGUGGGAUACAACCGCAGCCUGCAGAGCGCCAAGAAGUCAGGUGGAUCUAAAUUCACCAUAGGGAAGUCCGUUUGGCUGUUGUGGGCUCUGGUCUUCAACAACUCUGUGCCUGUGGAGAAUCCCAGAGGAACCACCAGCAAGAUCAUGGUGCUGGUGUGGGCUUUCUUUGCUGUCAUCUUCCUGGCCUCCUAUACUGCAAACCUGGCUGCCUUCAUGAUCCAGGAGGAGUACAUAGACACAGUGUCAGGGCUGUCUGAUAAGAAGUUCCAGCACCCAACAGAGCAGUACCCACCACUGCGUUUCGGCACAGUGCCAAACGGCAGUACAGAGGAGAACAUCCGCUCUAACUAUCCCAACAUGCACCAGUACAUGAUCCGCAACAACCAGAAGGGUGUGGAGGAGGCCAUUGAAAACCUCAAGACUGGGUAA